CAUCAAAACAAUAACAACCAUAAAGAGAGAUUUAAUUUAAUAGAAAAGAAAGAGAUCAAAGAUGGCAGGAAUCAUCAACAAGAUCGGUGAUGCUCUCCAUAUCGGAGGAGGCCACAAGGAAGACGAGCACAAGAAGGAGGAACACAAGAAACACGCCGACGAGCACAAGAGUGGUGAGCACAAAGAGGGUAUCGUUGAUAAGAUCAAAGACAAGAUCCACGGUGGAGAAGGCCACAGCAGCGGAGACCACAAACAUGACGGUGAGAAGAAAAAGAAGAAGGACAAGAAGGAGAAGAAACACCAUGAUGAUGGUCACCACAGCAGCAGCAGUGACAGCGACAGCGAUUAAGGUAAGAAAGUGAGGAAGACUAUCAAUGCUGCUGUUGUCUGUUCCUGUCCUUUUACUCUUGAUAGAGAGGGAGGGGUAGAUGAAAAGAGAAGAGUGCAUCUGUCUUCCUUUGUUAUCUAAUUUUCUUUUAAUUGUCGUUUUCACCUCUUAUGUUUAAUGUUUUCUUGUCAGAAAAAUAAACCUCAUGUAUCGUAAUCUACAUUAAUAAAAUCGAGUUUCCUAACU